AUCGUCUUUGUGUUGAUCUUUGCCAUGGGGGUUCUGGGCAACUCGCUGGUGAUCACGGUGUUGGCAAGGAGCAAGCCAGGCAAGCGUCGCAGCACUACCAACAUCUUCAUCCUCAACCUGAGCAUUGCCGACCUGGCCUACCUGCUCUUCUGCAUCCCCUUCCAGUCCACAGUCUACGUGCUCCCUACCUGGGUUCUGGGUGCCUUUGUCUGCAAGUUCAUCCACUACUUCUUCACUGUCUCUAUGCUGGUGAGCAUCUUCACACUCUCGGCCAUGUCGGUGGACCGCUAUGUGGCCAUUGUGCACUCCCGACGCUCCUCGGCCUUGCGUGUUUCCCGCAAUGCACUGCUGGGCGUGGGGCUCAUCUGGGCGCUCUCCUUCGCCAUGGCCUCCCCUGUGGCUCACCACCAGCGCCUCUUCCACCGUGAGGCCUCCAACCAGACCUUUUGCUGGGAGCACUGGCCCAACCCACGCCACAAGAAGGUCUACGUGGUUUGCAUGUUUGUCUUCGGAUAUCUGCUCCCGCUGCUGCUCAUCUCCUUCUGCUAUGCCAAGGUUCUUAAUCAUCUGCAUAAGAAGCUGAGAAACAUGUCAAAGAAGUCAGAAGCAUCCAAGAAAAAGACAGCACAGACUGUGUUGGUGGUGGUAGUGGUUUUUGGCAUCUCCUGGCUGCCGCAUCACGUGAUUCAUCUCUGGGCUGAAUUUGGAGUUUUCCCACUGACUCAAGCCUCCUUUCUCUUCAGAGUAACAGCACACUGCCUGGCUUACAGCAAUUCUUCUGUGAACCCGAUUAUAUACGCAUUUCUCUCUGAAAAUUUUAGGAAGGCCUACAAACAAGUCUUCAAAUGCCAGAUAGGUAAUGAGUCACCUCUGAAUGACGCCAAGGAAAAUAGAAGUCGAAUAGAUACACCACCAUCUACCAACUGUACACACGUGUGAACUUUGAAAAGUCCUAAAUGUUGGCU